AUGAUGGACUCAACUCUAGUGUCAAGUGCCAUACCCCAGGGCUUGGGUAUCGAGAGCCUUCUGCCGGAAUGCGCGGUAAGUUCCCUGAUCGUCACGCCAAAGUCGCGAGUCUUCAUGCGACUACUAAUGCUAUGCCGCUUUUCAGAGUCAUUGCGUCUCGACAAUGAUCGCAUCAGCGACGAGUGCACAAGCCGCCAUCAAAUUUCUUUGCGCAGAGCAACAACUUUGAUAUCAGUACCUAUGAGCGUGGUUGUUGUGUUCACGGUUCAAAAUGGCCUCGGAAAAGACAUCUGGACACUCACACCGGAGCAAAUCAACGAGUUCUUCAAACUGUUCUACAUCGGAGAGCACUUUUACGCAUUCACCGUCAUGUUUGCGAAGACGAAUUUCCUGUUUUUCUACUUGCGCCUAUUUUCCGAUGAAAAGUUUAGGCGCUUGACUUGGGGUGUCAUAUGGGCAUGCGUCAUAUCAGCCGUUUCAUUCCUAGUUGCGACUUCGGUUCAGUGCUGGCCCAUCAGCUACACCUGGACUAAGUGGGAUGGAGAACACCAAGGCCGUUGCCACGAUAUUAAUGUUCAGACUUGGGCCCAUGCAUCGGUCAAUAUUGCUCUUGAUGUUAUUGUAGUAGCUAUGCCCAUUUCUCAAAUCGUCAGGCUCAACUGGCGAUGGAGACAGAAGGUUGGGGCCGGUAUGAUGUUCGCUGUAGCAUUGUUGAUCACCUUUGUCUCCAUUCUGAGACUCAGCUCGAUCAGAGAUUUCAUGAAGACUUCGAAUCCGACAUGGGACAUUGUGCCAAUCUCUAACUGGUCAUUCGUCGAGUUAAACGGUUUCAUCUUCUGCUCUUGCAUGCCUGCCUUUAGAGACUAUUUCCGUCGUCUAUUUUUACGAAGGAGACGAACAGUUCAAAAUGUAAGCUCCAUAUUUGGUGCUAGGCCGAGAAUGAGGACUAUCGGGGAUAGUGUCUUGCGACCGAGCGAUCGGUUGCACGAACUAAUUUCUGUUGACAACGACAACGAUGAGCCUGAUCAUUCUCUUCGGGACAUUAGCCAUGUGGAUCUGGGAAUCGGACACCAUUCAACCGGUGUGUUGCCCGCCGUAAAGGAUGAACGCGAUACUAAAGCACUAGCUGCAAAUCACUCAAGUCGGGAUGGUGAUAAUAGGCCACCGGACGAGCAGCCCGAAGAAGUGGAUCUUGGUGACUUGAAGCAUUUGGCACCGUGGGUCUCUGAAGGAACACGUAAACAAAAUGGCGGAUGCUCAGAUGCUCAAUUCCCGAGGAGGAGUGAGAGUCCCCGAUGA